UCGGCCGCCUCCCCUCCCGCAGAGGAUCCGUCCGGCCUCCUUUUCCGCCAUUCCUGGGCUCGUUCCGGCUCCUCGUCGCCGGCCAGCCGGUGGGCGUCGCGGAGGAGAGACACACCAGGCCAAAGUACGGGACUGCCCCUCGCCUCAGUGUAUAAAUACCCGGCCGGCGCCGCCCUCUAGAAGAUUCUGGCCGGCCGCAACCGCAACCGCCAAGAGAGCCGCCCCUCGGAUUCCCCCCGCCCGCCACCACACCCCAGCCAAGCCCAACCCACUGCCGUACGUCGUCGUCAGUUCGUCACCAUCCACCCCGUCCGUUCCUCGCUCUCGCCACCUCCCGCUCCCAUAAAGGGCGCCGCGAUGGCCGCCGCGUAGGGCCCCGCGCGCGGGCAGGCGGAUGGCCGACGGCAGCGACGGGGAGGGCGCGGGCGAGAGCUGCUGGCCGGCCCCCGCCGCCGCCGCGUCCGCCCACGGCGGCGGCGGCGGCGGGGUGCAGCUGUCCGACGUCAGGAGGGAGAUCUACGACCGCCUGCGGGCCGUCGGCAACCAGGAGGCGCUCUCCGACCCCUUCUUCGACCGCGUGCUCGAGGACCACUACGAUCGCCUCCCGGCCAGCUACUACAUCGACCUCGACGUGAACAAGGCGGAGGACGUGCUGCUGCACCGCCGGAUCCUCGCCGAGUGCGCCGACCCCGACAACCGCCCCGUCUUCCACGCACGAUUCCUACGGUACCUUCAUGACGACAAACCGUCCGAUGCCGAGUCUGCUCCGAAUCAAAACGGUAAUUGUGGGGGCUCUCUGGCUUCCAAUCUGAGCAACGGCGGAUUAAAAGGAUUUGACGAGCGGCUCAUGGAAGACCUCAGCUUGGGGCGAAGAAAAGGUGUGGACGACUUCGAGGCCAUUUCUGCAAGGCGGGAUACAGAAAUUCCCCUUCUUCAUGAAAUUAUUUUUUCUUCUAAUGACAAGCCAAAGCUCCUUAGUCAGCUAUCUACGCUGCUGUCGGAUCUUGGAUUGAACAUUCGUGAAGCUCAUGUGUUCUCAACAACAGAUGGAUUGUGUUUGGAUGUCUUUGUUGUUGAUGGCUGGGAAACAGAGGAGACAGAUGGUUUGCUGCAGCAGCUCAAGGAGACAGCAAAACGUAAUCCCUCAUUAUCUAAUCUAACAAGUUCCGCCUCGGAGAGAAUAUCAGAGCUGCAAGAAAAGAUUGGAGAAUCUGAAUUUGACAGGGAUCUGUUGCAGAUUGAAGAAAAGAUUGCGUCCGGAUCUUCUGGAGACUUAUAUCGAGGAACUUACCUUGAUGUGGAUGUUGCAAUAAAGUACCUUAGAGCUGAACAUGUUAACGAUAAUUCAAAAGUGGAGUUUUUGCAAGAAAUAAUGAUUUUAAGGAGCGUUAAUCAUGAAAAUGUUGUUCGCUUUUAUGGGGCAUGCACAAAGCAGCGAAAGUAUCUCAUUGUAACAGAGUACAUGGCUGGAGGUAAUCUGUAUGACUUCCUGCACAAGCAUAAUAAAACCUUGGAGCUUUCCUUCAUUCUUAGGAUUGCUAUCGGCAUCUCAAAAGGGAUGGAUUAUUUGCACCAAAAUAACAUCAUCCAUAGAGACUUGAAGUCUGCCAAUUUAUUAAUUGGUGAUGGUCAAGUCGUGAAGAUUGCAGAUUUUGGUGUCUCUCGUCAACGAUCGCAAGAGGGAGAUAUGACUGCUGAAACUGGCACCUACAGAUGGAUGGCACCUGAGGUGAUAAACCAUAAGCCUUAUGAUCACAAGGCAGAUGUCUUCAGCUUCGCUAUUGUUCUAUGGGAGUUGGUCACUUCAAAGGUCCCGUAUGAGAACCUGACACCAUUGCAAGCGGCACUGUCAGUAAGGCAGGGACUUCGCUUGGUGAUUCCCUCGGGCGUGCAUCCAAGAAUAUCUAAAUUGAUUCAACGGUGCUGGGGCGAAAACCCCAAUACACGACCUGUUUUCUCUGAGAUCACCGCGGAACUUGAAGAUAUCUUGCAGCCUAUUCAGGCCGCCUCCAGCUCCAAAGGAGGCCAUCGACAUACCAAACAAAAGAUACAGAUGAAAACACAGCGAUAGAAAGAAGGCGCCUGCUCAUGAAGCUGGACCCUCUUUUGACAUUGCCACGCACUAAAAAGUGCGACAUGCGCACAUCGUCUCCUGUAUAUAUGUCAUGUACAUAAAUUUUUGUGCUCGGUUGUUUUGAUUCCCCCUAAAAUGCUCACAGGACGAACUGGGUUAAGUUAGCACACCCGUGCUACAUAACCUGAGUGAUAUAGUUUUAUGUUUUAUGUGGUUAUUUGUUUUGCGAGUGGCUUAUAGUUCGGUGUGUUUGAAUUUUGGGUCAUGUACGAUUAUGAGUUCGUCUUGUAAGGAACAUGAGAUGAAAAUGCCAUUAUCACAUGUUCCAUUUUGGUUAUUAUUUAACAUACGUUCUUGUCUGGAACACGAUAAAUUAACACGUUUUUGCAGCUUCGUUUGGCAUCAUAUUUUUGCAGGAAAUAAUAACAAUUCGGUGGCCACAGGAAUCGAGGGGGAAAAUGAUCCUGAAUGUGGUUGCGCUUGGCCCAGUAAUUAUCACCCAUCUUGGCUCUCGGGAAACAAUAACAACUCUCACUGGCGGCAGAAAUCAAAGGAAAAAAAACCCGUAUGGGGUUGGGCUAGGCUCAUUUGUUGUCAAAAUACUUCAUCUCAGGUGAUAAACCAUAAGCCUUGCGAUCACAAAGCAACUUUAUUAAGGUCCUGCACGAAAGUCCAACACCAUUGCAAGUUGCACUGUCAGUAAGACACAGGGACUUCGCUUGGUCAUCCCCUUGAGCGUGCAUCCGAGAUUGUCUAAAUUGAUUCAACGGUGUUGGAGCGAAAACCUACAUAUGUGCCUGUUUUCUCCAAGAUCACCGCGGAACUGGAAGAUAUAUUGUAGCCUAUUCAGGCCUCCUCCAGCUCCAAAGGAGUUCAUCGACAUUGCAAACCAAAGAUAGUUAAAUCACGUCGGCAACACCCAGGCCUUUAUGGCCUGGUCCUCUAUUUUUCACAUUGUCGCCUUGAAUAAUCGUGUGUGCGUCGACUGUUCCCUGUAUAUAUGUCAUGUAUAUUGAAUUUUGUGCUCGGUCUCCUAAAAUACACGCAGGGAGAACUGGGUUAGGUUGUCGCAUGCAUGCUCGUGCAACAUAACCUAGAGGUGAUAUAGUUUUAUGUGUUGCAUGGUUUUUGGUUUGCAACUGGCUAAUAGUUAUGUACCCUUUGCAUUCUGGUUCAUGUACAAUGAUGAGUUGGCCUUGUAAGAAAGAACAGAUGAAAAUGCCAUCACAUUUUCCUUUUCGGUAUUAUUCAA